AGAAAGGCCUUCCCACAUAUCUUGCGAAUAGGCGCAACGGGCAACAGGCGGGCGGCAUAAACAAAUGACAACACAGAUCAAGAUCACCCAUCGAUGAACAUAACCUAUAUAGAAUCAGCCUCAGCUACGGGUUGUUUUUGAUUAUGGGAUAGCGCAAGCGACAAGGCUCCAAGGAGCGGAAGGAAAAUCACCUGAAUACUCUCCAGAGAACUGCGACCUUAUUGAGCUAACAUGGGGAACUCUUCCAGUAGGCGAAGACUCAAAGAUUACUCCAUAUCACCUGAUGCUCAGUAUUACUGCUCUCCCUGCUCUACUUUUGUUCAAAAGUGUGAUAUCGUUGAUCAUGAGAGGGGUCUGAAGCACCGUUUGAAAUAUGAGGGCUGGAUUAGUUGCCUGCGGAAAAAGUCAAGUGAGCCUUGCCAGGAAGUUAAGGUUUCAUCAGAGAACCAACUCUGUCCAGUCUCAAGAAGCAAAGUGUCUGUUAAAGAUGCCUCUACCUCAAUGGACUUUAGUGAGUAUGGAAAUAUUGAUCAGCAGGGUGAAAAGCUUCUAGAGGAGUUUUUCAUUCUCGAAAAAGAUCAAGUAGAGAACCGUGGUGAACAUUAUUUUUGCACCAAGUGUUCCCUUCAUGGCAAACCAUUUGAAAUAUUGAGUCACAUAUUAGGAAAGAACCAAUGCUGCAAUGUGGAUGAACAAGAAUCUGAAGUAUUGGAAGAAAAACUUCGUAUCCUUACUACUCUCAUGUCUAUUCUUGUGAUGAAACAGAUGUAUGACUUAUUGAAGCUCAUUAGUGUGGAUGCAGUGCCAAGACUGGUUGAUGUUUUAUGUUAUAAGAAAAGUCAAAAUCUUUGUAAUGACAAGCUCUCUGAAACUCAUAAAUUAGAUGUCUUGAAGGAGAGUGAUAGUGACAGUGUGUCAACAUCUGAGAGUGAUAGUGACAGUGUGUCAACAUCUGAAUCUUCGGAAGACAGCAACAAAAAUAAUGAAGAAAUAAUGGAUGACCUUUCAGAUGACAUUAUGUUGGCAGAAGCCUCUGCUCCUGAUGAUGCAGUCCAACUGCACAAGCAACAUGAUGGCAAGGAAUUAAUCUCCAAUGCUGCCAUUAAUACUUUUACUGCAGUGGAUGUUAUGAGAGAAACUGAGAAAUAUUUUCUUCUUGAUGGAAUUGUAGAAGUCGUUCCAGGUCGUUAUCACUGCAACCUUUGUAAUAAUGAUGGUAAUAUCAAAGAAAUGGCUGGUCAUGCCUUAAAUGGAAGGAGUCACUUCUCACUGAAGUACCUUAGAUCUCAGCCAAUCAGCACACUGGAAAAAAAGUUAAUUAUAAUAAAUUUCUUUCGGUUGGCCAAAAUCCGAAAUGAAGCAGUGGUGGCUCAUAUUUCUCGUCAUCAGCUUAAUUUUGCCAAGACAGCUUUACAAGGAAGACUUGCAAGUAUGAACCAUUUUCUCCCCUCAACAGACUCUUACUACAAACAUGCUGAAAAAGGCACAGAUAAGCAGGGGCUUCCUUCAUUGGCCCUACCUGGAACAAGCAAAAUAAGGGAAAUGGAUAUACCUUCAUCUGCAACAUCCACAAGCUCUUUAAAGCACUCUGGGAUGAGAAAUAAAAGUGAGGAACGGGCGCCUUCAGGAAAUAUAAUAACAAUUGGAGACACUGCAUCUGAGAGUUUACAGCAACAAAUGCAAACUGCAUGUGCAGGAAGAGAUUUGAAUGAUUUUGAGAUGGAGUGUGGGACUUGUGGAGCUGUAUUUGAAAUUUUUAAUGAUGAUGUUGAUUUGUCAUUAGACAUGCACAUACAGACUGAUCCUCAGCAUGCUCUUGCAAUAGCUGUGCCUGUUGAAAGAAAUAGCCAAAGUUUAUCUGAAAUCAAUACAGUAGUAAAAUCUACAGUAGAGCACCCCAAACCUCCUAUCUUGCGCCAAACCUCCAAAGAAAAUGAAGAUAGAUUGCUUGAUUUAACAGCCAAAAGAGAAAGACAAGCUUUUGAAUUUAAAGAGAACAAAGCGAGAGUAAUUGAUAAAGUUUUGAAACUUGAGCAAAAAUUUGUUAUGAUGAGAGAAAACAAGUAUUAUUGUGAAUUGUGUGUAGUUCAUGUGAAUAGUGAGAGUCAAAUUACUCAUCAUAUUUUGUCACCGAGGCAUAUGUCAUCUAGAUGGAUUAAGCGGCACACUCCUGAAGAAUUACGCCAAAAGUUGCUCCAACUUAAGUCUCUUCUUGCAUUUAAGUACGCUGGUGCUGCUGUGUGCUUAGCAAUUGAUAUCAUAGAUAAACAUCAGGGUAAAGAAGGGAGCUCCUCUGAAUCCCAAACCCCCAAAAGGAUAGAACCAUGUAGUAAGGAUAACCCAAAAGUUUUCUAUUGUGACGCUUGCAAGAUAAAGAUGAGUAUUGGGAGCAAACCACAGCAUCUGAGAGGAAAACGGCACAAGGCAAACUCCUCUGCACUACUUCUAAAUUUUAAACGCUCAACAAACUCUUGAGGACCAAAUAGUAUUGACGUGAGUUGCAACACUGGGGUGGUUCCAAAAUACAGUCCUUUCAGAACUUUGACUUAACAACUGUGUUGUAGCAAUUAAAUUUUGUACCUCUCUGAUCACAAUGUUCUUAUUAAUCUGGAAGGAUAAGAAUUACAAAAAUAAUCUCAUAUGUGUCUUUAUUUAUUGAUCAGAUUGCAGUGAUGUAAGAAAAUACAAUUAUUGAAAGUCCAGUUCAUUACUAGCCUGUAUACAUAAAACAGUUCCUUCAAUCUGAUGUUCUUUUUCUUUCUAAUUUUAUAAAAUGUGUCUUUUUCCUCGACAAAUGUAUUUUGUACAAUGGUAAAAUAAAUUUUAAAAUGUGACUCUAA